UGCCUCCUUUUACAGGUCUACAAUAAACUUACAACGAACAGAACACUGCUUUAAUUUGCAAGAGGUUUACAGUGCUGCACAAGUCACCUACAAGUUAUUUUUUUGCAGACUCCGACGAAAACUUGUUCUGAGAAUGGAGGACCAGCAGCCCCAGGACGACUCGCUGCGGCACGCCGGGAGUGAGGAGGCACUUGUUUCCCCAAGAGCCCCCAGAGGUGGUUCAAACAACCGUGCGUUCAAGGUGGCCGGCCUGACCGUGCUAGCCUGUCUGCUUCUGGCCAGCCAGGGCCUCACAGCCUACCUGGUGAUCUCCCAGAGGGGCCAGAUCCACAACCUGCAGAAGAACACUGACAAGAUGAACAAGAAGAUCACCGUCCGGUCCCACAUGGCUCCUGUUCAGAUGCACGUCCCCAUGAACACCAUGCCUCUGCUGAAGGAUUUCAGCGACGAGGAACCCAAGGGUGCCCAGACUCCGAUGACUGAACUGCAGCCCUCUAUGAUCGUGUCUGUGGAGAAACAGGUUAAAGAUCUCCUCCAGAACGUGUCCCUGCCCGAGUUCAACCAGAGCUUCCUGAAAAACGUCCAGAGCCUGCAGACCAAGAUGGGGUCAGAGGAGUGGAUGAGCUUUGAGACCUGGAUGCGUCACUGGCUGAUCUUCCAGAUGGCCCAGCAAUCCCCCCCUGUGCCAGCCCAUCUUCUGCAGACCAAGUGCCGCCUGCAGCCCAGGAUUCUCGGCUCCUUCCAGCCCCAGUGUGACCCGCACGGCCACUUCCUGCCCAUGCAGUGCUGGCACUCCACCGGGUACUGCUGGUGCGUGGACAGCGAGGGGGUCACCAUCCCCGGCACUGAGAUGCGCGGCAGGCCCACAUGUGGUGGAGUCAACAAGCCAGCCCCAGGGCUGCAUCGCAUGAUGCCCAUGCUGAAGACCAUGCAGAUGGAGGCAGAUGAUGUUCUAGAGAAGUAACCGCCUGCAUCCAGUGAAGGGACGGCUCCUGUCUUGCUGUCAGCAUGCUCUAUGAUGGCUUUCAUCUCUCACCAUUAAUGUUGGCAUAAUGCUGAUCCUUUUGAUUUUACUCCACAGCUACCAGCUAACUUUAUCAUACUAAUCGUCUACAUUAAAUAUGUCUUUUUUUUUGCAAUAGAUACUAAAUUAAAUGAGUGGAUACAAAAAUAGAGAUGAAAAACUGUGUGUUACAUUGGGAUUCUGCAAUAAUGUCAAGCACUUACUUUUUGGAUAAGGUUUUAUAGGAUAUAAGAUAAGAUUUUCAUGAAGCUAUAUAACUAUAUUUCUAAAGCAAACUUUAACAUGACGGUUCAGUACUGUUAGUGGGGAGGUGAAACUGCCAAAUGCAUGUACUGUGUGGGCCCAAUAAAGAAUGCUUUCCCCCAA